AUGGCGCAAAGCGCCGUUGGCAGGCUCUUCCGCUGCCAGACCAGCAGCUAUCUGCGUCAAUCCAUUGGGUCUAUUACACAAAGUCGUACAUAUUCACAUAAUGCAAUUCCCACCUUCCCUUCGACGUCUUCCCCCGAACUAGACCAGGCCCUCAAACGUUUCCGAGAAGAGCUUUUCAUACCUUUUGGCUUGAAUACUGAGCAAAGGAGGUUAAUGUUUCGAAAGAAAUAUGCGGAGAAACUUGAGCAGCAACCAGUGACGGUAAAUAUUGGCGACAACGAUGAGCCUUACCAACUUCGGCCCAUGGAUCCGCUGUCCAGACCACCAAAGAAAGAAUUCAGGGACGUUGUCUUGCUCAUGAAGACCAAGCAAGACUGGCAAAACCUUGCACCUUUUGUUGGCGGGCUACAAACGUCGAAGAGAAGAUUGAGCCUCGCGAACUGGGAGUGGACUGUGCGCAAAGCUGGUGAGGCCGACGCACUUGGUGCCAUCCUCGAAUGCGCGAAGCAGGCGGAACGGACUGGUCUUCGAUUGAACGACAACGGAAUCGUCCUCCGUAUCUUCUUCGAGCUCCACCGGAAAGCUCAAAAGGAGCAGUUCAAGGAUCCCGCAGUCUCCAAGGCGCUUAGCAUGGCUAAGCAGUUUGCCGCGCUGAUGGAAGCUCCGGAGCAUUCCCGGAGAAAUGUCGAGAACAUACAAGAAGAUCCCAAACGACAACCAUUUGUCAUUGGUACUCUCCUUGAGCUUAGCGCUGCUCGUGCUGUGAAUGAACUGGGAGGCAAGGAUGAGUCCGGCGAUGUGCGUGCCUACGCUCAGCGUCUCAUGGCGAACUGGGAGGCAGGCAACUUUUUCCGCGAGGUCACGGACUGGGUUACAGUCGAUCGCAUGCUCCAGGAGAACGUGCCUAUCUACAACGGAAUUACGCUCGCCCUUCAGGUUGAGGGCGUCGCAAGUGACAAAGCUGUGUCUGGUCCUCUAAAGAGACGCCUGAACCAAUUGAGUCUAUUGAUUGCUAACCAUAAGGAAAUGGCCCCCGAGAAAGUCCAGCAAAAGCCGUCGCUUGGCUAUCGACAAAGCCAGCUUCUGCAUUAG